CUUGGCUUGUCGAAACUUGGUUGGGAAAGGGAGGACUGUGGUAUUGCUUGGGGGGAAACAUGAACAAUAAUACUGGAAAUAGUCAGACGGGAACAAGACAGGGCUCGACUUAAAAGAAUUGCAGGCUGCAGCUUAGUAAGACAGUUCACAUGGGCUACAGAGGAACUGAGACAAGGUUGCGAGAAGCUCUUAAUGGGAAUAGCCAAGGCAAGACCAACUGACCUAAUAGGAAACAGCAGUGAAAUCCUGGCUCCGUCCUAAAGACUCCACUUAAAUUGGAUGCAGAAUUGUAAACUUCAUGGGCCCGGCGUUGUCUCCAGCACAUCCAGCUUUUGCCGCCGACAUCGUUCCAAGUAAAAAAAGAAAGAAGCAAAACCGGAUUGUCAGCUGUGGGAGAUAAUAUGCAGACACACCUUAGCAUUGCAUAAUCGCAUUGUAUUUGGUUACAAUUUGCUCUUCUGGAUCUGGCUGCAAGGUCUAUAAAUUUACUGGCACAGAAUGGAGGAACGCUCACCCUAGUUUCAUUGGCAUGUUUUAUUGCCUGCACAAAGAUAACCUGGAGCCCUAAUUAAAAGGUGACAUUGCUUCAUCCAACUGUCCUUACAACACAUGAUCGAAGUUUUCAGGAGGUAUGGAAAUGGCAAAUAAAAAAAGGAUGAUGCUUUUGAUGACUGUAACCAUGUUAUCAGUGGUUGUCUUCUUGGCACUUUAUAAACUGCAGUUUCAAGUCCAGUUUUUGUUGUUCUCUUCUGAGCUUCCUUUUCCGUUCAUGUGCCUUGAUAAGUCCAAUCGAGAAAAGCAAGAGGAUCCAAGUGAAUCCAGCGAUGCAGAAGAGGAUAGUAAAUGUGUUGAGGGUGGGAUAUGGACUGUUAAACCUGACGGGAGAUUGGGCAACCAGAUGGGAGAAUAUGCCACCUUGUAUGCUCUGUCCAAAGCCAAUGGUUACCAACCCUACAUUCUCACUGAAAUGCAUAAUUACUUGGCGCCUAUAUUUAAUAUCACACUCCCCGUUUUACACAGUAAUGUGGUCAGCUAUGUGCCUUUUAAAGAGUACUGGAUCCACGACUGGAUGUCUGAACACUAUAAUCAUAUUAAUGAGAAGUUCUUGAAGUUUACUGGGUACCCCUGCUCGUGGACCUUUUAUCAUCACUUGCGCGAUGAGAUCCGCCGAGAGUUCACUAUUCACGACCACCUGAAAACGGAGGCCAACCAAAUAUUACAGGCAAUUAAAGGUCAACGGAAAAACGUGACCUUUAUAGCCAUCCACGUUCGGAGAGGAGAUUAUAUCGAUGUCAUGCCCACCGUUUGGAAAGGAGUCAUUGCAGAUAAAGCUUACUUGGACCAGGCCAUGGGCUAUUUCCGUCAGAAGUACACAGAGCCCGUCUUUGUGGUGGCCAGCAAUGGGAUGAGGUGGUGCAAAGAAAACAUAGACGAUUCCAAGGGGGAUGUCUAUUUCUCAGGGGAUGGAAAUGAGUCAACUCCAGGUAAAGACUUUGCUCUCUUGGCCAGCUGUAACCACACAAUAAUGACCGUUGGCACAUUUGGCUUCUGGGUGAGUUACCUAGUUGGGGGAGAAACCAUAUACCUCACCAAUUUCACCUUGCCCGAAUCAGAAUUCCUCAAACUGUUUCACUAUGAUGCGGCUUUCCUGCCGGAGUGGAAAGGGAUUCCUGCAGAUCUUUCGCCUCUUAGACAUUUAUUAUAGACGAGCUGAAUUUGCCGCGCCAUGGAGCUGUGCCUGUAAAUGUUAAAUUGUACCCCUUUACCCUGGAGGGAAAAACCACUUGAACUGAUGUUUAUUUGUGUCCAGCUGUGAAGGACUGUAACUUAUUUAUUUAUACGUUUGUUUUUUCUUUUUUCUACUAAAUGAGGAUAACAAUGUUUAUUGUAAGACCACCGUGGGCAUCAUGCAGAUCUGCACUUUGUUGAAUUGCUCCAUAACAAGACAAAAUUCCAUUUACAGAA